AUGGACAGCUCACGCUCGACGUCCAGCUCGCCCACGAUGGCGUCGCCGCGCCCCUCUGCCGACGCUGCUCCUCGCAAGUCUGCCUCCUCGCCAGACCCGUCUCCCGCGAAUCGACCUGGCGAGAACAGCGUCUCUGCCGAACCAAAGCACAAGACGCGGUCCUCACCCGCCCUCAAACCACCAGUCAGCUAUCUUCGCCUCGUCUGGGAGUUCAUCCUGGUGCUCGCCUUUCUCCCUUUCCACUUCGUCCUCUUCGCCCUCGUUCCUUCAAAGCGAUGGAGACGUUCUUGGACGUUACUCGAAGCAUCGAUGAUGCCAGCCGUCAAGCGCAUCAUGGGCGCGAUGGACUUGUGCGGCUUCAAGAUCUCGGCGAGAAGGACGGACAAGGAGCCGUCGCGCUGGUGGCUCAGGGUACGCUACGGCGUCGAGUUCGAGUGGGUCGAGGGCUUGAGAGGCGACUUCGUACAGGGCGUUGUGGACGACAAGGAGGUUCAGCCGGCCGAACGAGUUGGAAUGUACAGCUGGCGGAGGAAGAAUGCGCCCAGUAGUUCGGCUGGUCACCGUGAAGGGGACGGUUUGGUCGGGCUGUACUUGCAUGGCGGAGCUUAUACGCAUAACUCAGCCCACCCGGGCGCGUCCAGCUCGAGCAUCCCUUCCAAGCUGUUCAAAAAGCAACCUCGCUUCUCCUCGAUGCACACUGCCGAGUACCGCCUCCUUCCCGACUAUCCCGUCCCCGCUGCUCUCCAAGACGCUGCCGCGGUCUACCUCUCCCUCCUCCGUCGCGGCAUCCGAGGCGAACAGAUCGUCCUCCUUGGCGACUCCAGCGGCGGUCAUCUUGCACUCGCCUUGACACGCUGGAUCAAGGAUACGUUUGCGAGUGGCAAGACGAGCGGAGAUGGCUGGACGCUGGAACAGCCGGCUGGACUAGUCCUCUUUUCACCUUGGGCAGAUCCUUCUCACUCCUUUCUCGGCCACACUCCCGACUCUUACAUCCCCCGCAAGAACUCCUGCGACUACCUCUUCGAAGUCGGCGCGUUCCGUCUGCACCUCGUCUCAUCCCUCCUCGGCUCGCACCCCGAAUCCUUCGUCAAGUCGCCCUACAUGUCUCCCGGCGCCGCAGACGUCCCAUCUGGCACGUUUGCUACCUUCCCGCCUUGCUUUGUGCACUACGGGACGGGCGAACGCUGUCAGGAAGAAGGGGAACGGUUGGUAAGGAACUUGAGGCGCGAUGGAGUGAGAGUUGAGGUGGUCGUCACGGAGGAUACGCCGCACGACUUGCUCCUGCUCGAGAUGAUCUGGAACAAGAAGCAGAUCAAGCAGAUCUGGGACGGAGCGGUUGACUUCGUGCAGACGUUAUAG